AGCCGCGGAGCCGCGAGCAGCGCCGGCCGCGCCGGGAUGUGACGGGGCGGCCGCCCCGCGCCCGCUGCGCCGCUGCCCCGGGCCCGCGGGCCCCGCGCCCCGGGAGGCUGUCGGGGGGCGGCGGCGGCGGCGGGUCCCCCCCCGCCGCCCCCAUGUCGGAGGGGCCGCCCUACGGCGAGGGGCAGCUGGCGGGGGACGCGGCCGUGGGGCAGCUGCCCUUCCCCGUUCGCCUCCGCGGCGGCGACGGGCUCCUGGCCGGCGGGCAGGGCAAGAGGCCGCCCAAGCUGGGGCAGAUCGGCCGCAGCAAGAGAGUGGUUAUUGAAGAUGAUAGAAUUGAUGAUGUGCUGCAAAACCUCUCCGAAAAGGCCCCUCCCGGUGUUUAAAGCCUCCCUGGGGACGCUGGGCCGAGGCCCGGGGUGGGGUCGGUUUACAAUGGCACAGGUGAUCGGCAGAAAAUAACCCCAAGACCGCAGCGAGCACCGGGAACGCCGCCCGCGCCCCGCGGCUCCUCCUGCCCCGCGGACACGCGCGGAGGGGAGGGCGGCGAGCGAGCCCGAGCCCGGCCACCGAGUCAAAAAUGCUAGAAAAUAAAAUAUCUCUGUGUAAUCGGGAAAAUAGUCACCUGCUUCAAACCUCCCCACCCCGAGGGACGGACGGAGGAGUCACGGCGCGGCUCUGAGCUCCUCGGGCUGUUUUCUCGGGCUGCUGAACCUUGUGCCGCAAUAGAUCGGGGGGUAAGAGGAAAGGGGGCAGCGGGAGAUGGGGGGACUUGGGGGGGAACAGCCCCUGGAGUCUCCCUCCGGCCAGGGUUGUUCCCAGCGGGCACCUUGUUUACAUGAUUUAAUCUUGCAAAAAUGAAUCCGUGCACUUGGAUGUACCACGCUAUCCCCUUCUGUAUGAGUUUCUUUUUUUUUUUUUUUUAUUUUAUGUUGAUGUCUUUGGAUGUUGGGAAAUUAUAUAAAAUAGAUAUAUAUAUAUAUAUAUUUAAUUUUAGUCACGUUUUAAGGUUCUUGAGGGGGAAAACCAAAACUUUUAUAAAGGAAAGGCAAGAAGGAAGAAUUGCUGGUUUAUUUUUUAAAGCUUGUACUUCUUGGUUGCUGUGAGCAAAGGGACAGAUUUUAUAUGUACGGGGGGGUGGGGGGACGCUCAGCUUUUCUAACUACCAUGCAGUCUGUAGUGUGGGUGAUCUUGGUUUUUUUUUCCUUAUAUUGUGGCAGUUUCCUCUCUUUAAUAGACUGUAUUAAAACAUAUAUAUAAAAGAAA